AUGACUCCCGGGCCUAGUGAGGCUUCACAAUCGAAUGUGGGCUUCCGAGCGGCCAGGCCUAGCGGCACAUACAAGCGCACCUACAAGGCGUGCGAGUCAUGUCGCAAAACCAAAGCAAAAUGCGAGCGUGAUGAGAACUCUGAGGCAUGUUUCAAAUGCCAGCGUGAACAGAGAGAAUGUAUUUUCCCAGCACACAGGUCAACCAAACGUGCAAAACUUGCGCACGCCGCACCGUCUCCCGCGGUAGAUGCUUCGCAAGACGGCACUGAAGUGGCACGCCUUGGUCAUGGUGGAAACGCAUGGCAACAACAUCAGCAAAAUCAGCAACUCGCUCCAUCUCCUUCCAGAUCAUCACAUCUCGUUGAUCUUUCUCCUAGGGGAGAUAACCCUCUGGCUCAAAGACCACUCGUUUCAGGAAAUGAUGGUGCGAACCGGUCAAAACAGGCCGUACCCGCACAUACGGCACAUUCAGAAUCGACAUCGUUGACAGAUAAUUUGCAAGAUCAAGUUGUACAAACCGUGGUUGCCAGUUCCAGCGAUGCAGUAGGCUUGCUUUUCCGUGCUGCCGGGUCGUCAGACUCUGAGAGCCUAGAUGACUCCGAGAAUCAUGGUGGUAUCGAAACAGGACCUGCGCAGUCAAUGUCGACGGGCAUCCUCUCGCCGAGUCUAAAUACCCGUGAACAUGUACCCCCGGACAUCUUGGAGCUUUGGAGUCAACAUCGAUUUGUCAGGCAAGGAUGGUUCACGGCCCGCGAGGCCGUCGCAUAUGUACUUGCUUUCUUCACCAAAUUGUCACCAUUAUCUCCAGUGAUGGACGGGUUUAAUGCCGAUCCUGCCAGUCAUAGACGUCUGAUACUUGAGGAGCCGCUGUUAUGUUGCACAGUAUUGAUGGUUUCAUCGCGGCAUCAUUACCCUUCAGGCCCCGGAGGUGCCGUCCGGGCAGACUUCAUCCAUGCUCGUCUUUGGAGACAUAUCGAACACCUUGUCCAACGAAUCACCUUUGGUUCGGAGAAAUACAGCAUGGCCAAAAGCCGUACUUUGGGAAGUAUACAGGCUCUUCUGUUGAUCACAGAAUGGCACCCCCGGUCAUUGCACUUUCCGCCCGAGAAUGAUGGAUGGGAUGCUAGCCUUGCACCAACGGUCGACGAUAGCUUUACGCCACAAGAGGAUAAUUCCGAAGCCAGCAAGCGCUGGCGCGAGGACGUUUUCGAGCCUGCAAAACGGUCUGACCGCCUGAGUUGGAUGUUGGUAGGUAUGGCGACAACCCUCGCACACGAACUCGGGAUUUUCAGGCCCACCGACGACAUGGACAUUGUGGAAUCUUCCGCUGUUCGUUCAUCUAAACUUCGUAUCCGAAGACUACUUUAUCUAUAUGCGACCCAACUAUCUUUGAGACUUGGUUGCACGAGCAUCUUCCCUCAAGAUGCGCUUCAGGACAUCGCACAACCACCUGCGGCAGAGAUGACGACAAUGAGCCAAGUACACCGUGAUGGGGAGCUGAUGUUGUCAAAAUGGAUUGACAUUACGAGACUGAUGACCACCGUGGCCGACAUGUUCUUUGCGAACAGGUCCACUACUAAGCAGAUAUUGCGCAGUACACGAUACGUCAACUUGCUGAACCACUUCCAACCAAUGCUGGACUCUUGGUAUAACAGCUACCUGCAGAUGCCAUGUCCCACUAUACAAGGCCCUGCACGAAAAAUCCUGCUUGUUGACUACUACUACGCUCGAGUCUAUAUCCACUCAAUUGCAAUCCAAGCCCUGGUCGACCGUAUCACCAAUCUUUCUGGUGGGGAUGAAAUGUGGCAGGAUCACGAAAUUUGGCGAUCAAAACAUGCCCAAGACUUUGCAUCAGUCAACGAAGUCCGGGAGUCGAGCUGCAAGAUCCUAAUGACGGCUGUAGAGCUAAGUGAUGAAGGUAUUCUGCAAUAUUGUCCGGUUCGCGUCUACCUCAGGAUUGUCAGCGCAUCCGUUUUUCUCCUUAAGGCCAUCAGCCUUGGGUCUCGAGAGGCCGAUAUCAGUUCUUCUUUGAAAACAUUGGAUCGAUGUAUUGUGGCCCUACGGACAAACCGGGCGGACGACAUCCACUUGUCUAGCCGAUACGCAAUAUUGAUUUCGCGGCACGUCCAACGAUUCAGACGCAACUUCCGUGUUAAGAAAAAAGCACUGCUGCCAACACCACACCGAAGUCGUGUAGCGUCGCCUUUUAGGGCCGGCACCUUGAUAGGGCAGCACAAUGAUAAUGACCAGCAGGAGCCGCGGAACCAAGAUGUCUCAUCCUCCGCACAUACCCGCAAUGAUGACCAAGAAGGCAACCGGGAGUCGUUUCCAGGAACUGUGACUGGAUCAACGGAUCAAUUUGACUUUGAUGAAAACGGCAUGCUGGAAGAGUGGCUAGCGCAACCUUUUGAUCCACAGAUUGCACCGUUUGGGCUGGACUAUAUGCAAGCGGGCGCUGGUAUUGCCGUUGAUUCUCUUGAUUUUCUUUGGAAUAUUCCAAACCAAACUCAACAGUGA